AUGUCUAAGAAGGUUUUGACAUCAAUGAAGGAUGAAAAUCCCGAGUUGCAGAAGCAGAUUGGAUGCAUCAGUGGAUUUUUUCAGCUAUUUGAUCGCAACAGGUUCAUCACAGGCCAAAGCACUAGCAGCCAGAAUCAGAAGAUACAUAAUCAAGGUGGAAACAGUAAUCACAUUGAAAAGAAUGUCAAGGUUGCAAGACAGAAUCAACAACUCUCCACAGAAUCAUCAGGAACUUCAAAGUCUUCAUCAUCUUGUUCAUCUAGCAUGUCAUCCCUUGAGUUUAACAAAACAAUUCAGAUAGAUCCACCAUCCAUCAUUCAAAUCAAAAUUACAGAAAACUACAAUUCAAGAGCACCAAUGAAGCAACUUGACAACCAAGGCCAUCAAUCCCUUGAUUUCUGUGAUAUUGUCAAAGACUCAAUGCAUAGAGAAGCCAAAGGAUUGUUAGUUAAAACUGUGGCUAAAGGUGAAAAGAAAGGUCGUAUCUUGAAGUACAUUGACUCUCCAAGGCCUUUGCAGGCACCAAAAUCUGUCAAUGCAGGAGUUAUUGUUGCCAAUGAAGCCUUCCAUGUUCCUACUAAAUCCCACAAAGCACCUUGGGAUUCACCAAGACUCUCCUAUGAUGGGAGGGAUAUACAUGACACAUUAAAAUCUGCUACAAAGCACAAAGAACUCCCAAGGCUUUCCUUGGACAGCAAGGAAGGAUCCAUCAAAGGUUUCAAUGAAGGAACAAAAUCUCACAACCUUUUGAAGGGUCCACAGAAGGGGUAUGGGAAUUUCAGCACAAUGCUUAAGCAGCUUCAAGAACCAGAAACUUCUAAAAGACCAUCAUCCAGUGUUGUAGCAAAGUUAAUGGGACUAGAAGCCUUCCCAGACUGGACACAAACUUGUGAUACUCCAAAGGGGAUCUCUAGCAGCACCACCAACAACAAUGAGAACUUUUCUGGAUCUAGCAAAAUUGAUGAAUACAUCCAACACCAAAGUUCAGUAUCCCCUAGGACAAGUAAGGGGUCUACCUUGCUUCAGUCUAGAAGGGAUGCUUCAAUCACAAAUGUGACACCAUAUUCAAAAUAUUCCCUAGAACCAACUCCAUGGAGGCAACCUGAUGCAAGCCAAGGUUCUCAAUUACAGGCUUCCAAGGGAAGUGAAUCUUCAAUAAAAGCAUCAAAUCAAUCCCUCUCUGUAUAUGGGGAAAUUGAGAAAAGGAUGGCAGAUAUUGAGUUCAAAAAUUCUGGAAAGGAUCUCAGGGCCCUUAAACAGAUUCUUGAAGCCAUGCAGAGAUAUAAAGAAUCAUUAGAUAUUACAAGAGAUCAGGCUUCAAAUUCUCCAUCUGACAAUAGGAAUAAUGGUAGUCUCAGUGAAAGCUUGAAAGUACAAAGGCCAAGAAUACAAAGGAAGGACCCAUCAUCUGCCACUUUUGAGAUGUCAAGUUCAACUCAGGGUAAUAAAUCUCCAAUAGUCAUCAUGAAACCAGCAAAAGUAGCAAGAAAAACCAAUAUUCCUGCUUCCACAGAAAUGUCAAUUCAUGGUAAAUCAGGCCUCAGACAUGUCAAGGAUCCUAUUAGUCAACCCUUUCAUUCAGUUGAUAAGAGUAAUAAGAUGAGAAGAACUUCAAAGUUGAUGCAAUCCUCAAAAGUUCCUCGAGUCAUUAAUGGAGAAAACACCACCAAGUCCAGCAAUACAUCUGAGACCAGGAGCCCAAGACUACAAAAGAAGUUUGAUUUGGAGAGGCCUUCUCCACCAACCAGUCCAUCAUCAGAUUCCAGCAGUAACAGAAGACUACACAACAGGCAAUCCAUGGAAUUGUCUUCCCCAAGUACAACACCCAGACAAAAAUUCUCUACUUUUCAGGAAAGAAAUGAACGUUUCAGUGAGCUCAGCUAUCAAAGGAGGGAUUUUAAGCAUGAAAUUGAUGUUAUUUCACCAGAUUUUGACAGCAAGAGAAGCAUGGACUCUCACAGUGAAAUAGAAUUCCUUCAAAAUUGUCAUUCUGAAAAGAUCAAUAGCAACCCCAUCCAGCUAAAUGGCUUGAAUCAAAAUAAUGCAGAAAAAGAGUUAAGCAAGGAAAGCUUUAUGGCUGAGACAGGAGUUACUGCUGAACAACCAAGUCCUGUGUCUGUUCUUGAGGCUGAAUUCUAUAGUGAAGACCCACCUUCUCCACUUAAAAGGAAAUCAGACAUCUCAAAAGAUUUAGAUGAAGCUCUGAACACUUAUGAUAGUAGUGAAGAGAACUCAGAAGAUCUUCCUCUUUCAUCCAACACCACAAAAUUCAACUUCAGCCAAGGAGCCAGUGAUGAUGACUUGAAAACUCAGAAUUUGGUUCAAAUUCUUCAACAAAUUGACUAUAAUGAUGAGAAACUCACCAAUGAUCCUGACCAUAAAUAUAUAUCAGAAAUACUGAUAGCAUCAGGACUGCUUAGCAGUCCCAACUCUAGUCAAACAUUUCAUUCAUCGGGUUACCCGAUUAAUCCGAAGUUGUUCCUUGCACUAGAGCAAAUCAAGACAAACAAGAUGCAUAUCAAUAUUGAACACAGUGCCAAGAUUUCCAAGACAAAUAAUCCUGAGCAAGUACAAAGAAAGCUCAUAUUUGAUGUGGUUAAUGACAUUCUAGUUCAAAAACCAACAUUGGAGAGUUCUUCCACUCUUUGGUGCCAGCCAAAUCAGCAAGCAGGUAGAAAACUAAAAGGACAGCACUUUUUGGAUGAGCUUUGCACUGAAAUUAGUAAGUUACAAUAUAAAAAUAGGAAUGUCAGCUUGGCUAAUGAGGAUGAGAAUUUGAAAAGUCUAUUGUUGGAAGAUUUGAUGCAUCACCCCACAAUUUUCAGAGACUGCAACAGUGAGAUACCAAAUAUUGUGUUGGAUAUUGAACGGUUGAUCUUCAAAGAUUUGAUAACAGAAGUUGUGAGAGGUGAAGUAGCUAACCAUAGCAGGUAACUGAUGUUUCCCAAUUAGGAAU